CGGAAGUGGCGUCACCCCGAUCCCGAUCUCACGGGGCUUCCGCACGCCUCGCGCCAGGCGCUUCCUUUCUCGUCCGACAUCUUGGGGGAGCAACGGCCGCUGCAGCAUGCCGCCCAAAGACGACAAGAAGAAGAAGGAUGCGGGCAAGUCCGCCAAAAAGGACAAGGACCCGGUCAACAAGUCCGGCGGCAAAGCUAAGAAGAAGAAGUGGUCUAAGGGGAAAGUGAGAGACAAGUUGAACAACCUUGUCCUGUUUGACAAGGCCACCUAUGACAAGCUGUGCAAAGAAGUGCCCAACUACAAGCUCAUCACACCCGCAGUUGUCUCAGAGAGGCUGAAGAUUCGGGGCUCUCUGGCUCGGGCUGCCCUCCAGGAGCUGCUUGGUAAAGGUUUGAUCAAACUGGUGUCCAAGCACCGAGCCCAAGUGAUCUAUACCAGGAAUACGAAAGGUGGAGAUGCGCCUGCUGCUGGGGAGGACGCAUAGGGAGGUUCUCUGGUGACCUCGUCAACUGUGUGUCAUAUAUAGGUGCACACAAUAAAAUUACUGAAAUGAUUUUUCUUGCUUUUUCAA